AUGUCAGACUCUCCAGUAUCAGAUCCGGAGAAGCAGACCUAUUCAGCAGAUGACGAGGGGGUACAUAAUGGCUCUACUCCUGUUUACGUGGACGAGGGAUUGGGAGAGUCUGAAGUUGUGGAAUUUGGCGAGACCAAAGAACUGAAGCGAGGCCUUCAUCAGCGACAUAUUCAAAUGAUUGCCCUGGCCGGGACAAUUGGAACGGGUCUUUUUCUUGGGUCCGGUAAAGCAAUUGCAAAUGGCGGUCCGCUUGGCGCUCUCCUGGGUUACAGUUUUGUCGGUAUUCUCGUGAUUGGAGUUGUUCUAUCCAUCGCAGAAUUGAGCGCUCUGCUUCCGCUUAGUGGUGCUAUCAUUCGACAUGCCGAGCAUUUCGUGGAUCCUGCUUUGUCGUUCGCGCAAGGAUGGAAUUCCAUUUACUCGUACUUGGUAUCUCUCCCAGCCGAGCUGGUUGCUGCCGCAGUCAUUGUUCAAUUCUGGUCAACCAUUAAUUCGGCAGUUUGGAUCACUGUGUUCGGCUUACUACUCGUCAUCAGCAAUCUCCUCUUUAUUCGCGUCUACGGGGAAAUGGAAUUCACUUUUGCAAGCCUCAAGAUUAUGUUAAUUAUUGGUAAAUAUGGCUUCCAGUAUUGGCGGAAUCCUGGUCCUUUUGUCGACUACUUGGGAUACACCGGGUCCCUUGGACAUUUCAUGGGUUUCUGGACAACCUUUUCCAACGCUGUUUACGCAUAUUCGGGCAUCGAAGGCAUUUCUAUGGCGGCUGCAGAAACAAAGGCCCCGCGACGAAAUAUUCCUAUCGCCGCAAAGCGUAUAUUCUUCAGGGUAGUUAUCUUUUACGUCCUUUCAAUCUUUAUGGUUGGUUUAAUUGUCCCUUCCAACGACAAAGAUCUACUCCGUUCGACUGGAACUGCUGCGGAGUCUCCUUUUGUCCUCGCAGCAACAAACGCAGGCAUUAAAGUGGUCCCGUCGAUCAUCAACUUUGUUGUCUUAACAAGUGCAUGGAGCUCAGGAAACUCCGGCCUUCUUGGCGGAUCAAGAACCCUGUAUGGCAUGGCUCGAGAAGGCCAUGCUCCAAAAAUAUUUCUCAGGACUAAUCGUAUGGGCAUACCGUACCUCGCCGUGCUUUCCAUAAGUCUUUUCAUUUGCCUAGGCUACAUGACGCUUUCCAAUUCCUCGAGCACGGUUUUUGGAUGGCUGCAAGACCUUGUCAGUGUCUCUGCUUUGAUUGGGUGGAUGGUUAUUUGCACUGUCUAUCUGCGGUUCUAUUAUGGGUGUAAGAGACAGGGGAUCGAUCGCUCGGAACUCCCCUGGAAAGCCCCCUUCCAGCCUUACAUUGCCUGGUUCUCUCUCUGUUCGUUCGUUGUCCUCUUGCUGACUGGUGGCUAUGUCACGUUCAUUCAUGGGCAUUGGGAUGAUGAGACAUUUGUCUCCUCGUACAUCAAUAUCCCUAUCUUCUUCAUUCUCUAUUUUGGGUAUAAGUUUGUCAAGAAAACAAAGAUCAUUCCGCUUGGUGAGAUUCCAAUUCGCCACUUCAUCGAUGUGGCGAAUGCAAAUCCUGAGCCACCUGCAAAGCCGGUGACCGGUCUACGGAGGUUCAAUAUUCUCUGGGAGUAG